AUGGACAGUCAUAACGGUGAUGAAGAUGAAAUUCAAGUGACCAUCGGUAGCAGAAUUAAGAGUAAUGAUGAUUUCGGUACUGUAAAGUACAUUGGUGAUGUCCAGGGCUACAAAGGGACGUGGUAUGGGGUUGAAUGGGAUAAUAUUGAACGUGGAAAGCAUGACGGAUGUGCUGAUGGUAUUCAAUACUUCAAAACAACUAUCCCUGGUGCAGGGUCUUUUAUACGCCCUAAUAAAACUUCUCCCAUGAAAACUUGUUCAGAAGCCAUUCGAAAGUAUUACGGAGAUCGUGAGGAUGAAACUGUAGCAGCACAUCGUAGAACUGUGAUUAAUGAGUGGAAGAGAGAAAUGGGAGCUCCUUUUAUCGAAAUGGUUGGUUUUGAGAAAAUACAUCAGAAACAGAAAUUUGAUCGUCUCUUGGAAGUAUGUGUCCAUGACCAGAAUGUAGCGAAAGCUGGGGAUGUUGCAGCUCUAUGCCCAAAUGUAAGAAGUUUAGAUGUAUCACAGAACCUCUUUUCAAACUGGCGAGAAGUGAUAAAUAUAUCAGCUCAAUUGCCUGAUCUCCAUGAGCUGGAUGUAAGCAAGAAUCGCAUGGCUAUUGAUAUGCCCGAAGAUACAAUGUUUCAACUAUCAACUAAUUUCGCCAACUUGAAGAAGCUCAAUAUAUCUGUAUGUGACUAUGAAUGGUCAGAUGUACUGGCCCUCUCUCAUCUCUGGCCUAACGUUAAUGAAGUUAUAACCGCUUACAAUAGAAUUAAAAACAUAUCACCGCCAGAUGUCACUAUGAACUCUCUAACGAUUUUAAGAUUGGAUGGCAACCCUAUCGACUCUUGGUUUGAAAUUUUAAAUUUGGGAAAAUUGAAGAAUUUGAGGGUUCUCAGUUUAAAUGAUUGCUUUAUUAAAAAUAUAAGUUUCAACAAUGACCAGGGAAAUGCUAAGGUGGAUGUUUUUGAGAAUCUGGAAGUUUUAUUUUUGAACAGAAAUUCAAUUUGUGAUUGGCGAUCAGUAAGCGAGUUGGAAAAGUUAAAAAAUCUCAAAAAGUUAUAUUUCCUCAAGAAUCCCAUACAAGACAGUGAAGACUAUGACACAGGAUCUCAACUUAUUAUUGCGAAAAUUGGCACACUACAGGAACUUAACGGUUCAAUAAUUACUCGUGAGUUACGUCGCGGCGCCGAAUAUGACUACAUGAAACGUUACGGGGCUGAGUGGAAACUGGCACAAAAUGAUGUUAACAGUAAACAUAAGUUUGAUUUAGAGCACUGCCGCUUUCAGGAAUUAAUUGAUAAAUAUGGUAUCCCAGAUGACAGCCUGUUAGUAAAGCAACAGAAGAAUAUGACCCUCACCUCACAACUCUUAGAAGUAACUCUACAAGAUGAAAACGGGAAAGUUUUAAAAAAGAAAUUCCCCUCAACAAUGGCAGUGCAGAAACUGGUAACACUCGCUCAAAGGCUGUUCUCCAAAGGAUGUUCUAGACACCCAUCGUUAUACUUACUAGAUGACAAAAUGAAAGGUGCAGAAAUAGAACUUGAUAAUGUGAUGAAAGAUUUAGCAUAUUUCUCCGUAAAGAACGGCGACGCGAUUAUUGUCAGAUUCAGAUAA